CUUUGGCGGUAAAUGUAGAAAUGGCGAUAGAUAACAUUUUUUAAGUUCCAUCGCAUUAAAAAAUGGCCGGGAGCCUGUAUUUGUCCGUUCCUGUCCGUUGUUUUGAAGCUAUGAAGAAGAGAUGAAAUGUUGUGGUAUAACAUACACCCAGAAUGAAGGUGAAUCCCAAAAAUGCCCACAAGCCUAACAAGAAUGAGAAAGGUGGCUUGGGACCUCGAGCUCUGAGGCGUCAGUUGCCGUUCACCUCUAGUCCUAAUUAUCUGCCCCUGAAAGGGAAAAAGGUGUAUUUGGACCUGAAAAACUUCCGAGGAGUAAAGCCGGUGGAGGAGGAUUUGCUGGCUUUGGGAGCGACUAUUGAGAAGUUUCUGAGUAAGGAGAUAAACUACUUGAUAUCUUCUCAUGACAAGGCCCGGGGUCACAGGAGCCUGGGUCAGCCAGCAGGGGGUAAUGUGGGAUCAGGUGCUAGUCAGGGGGUCACCGCCCAAAGUCCAGGGGUCUCCACUCCCAGCCCCUUCAGUAUGGGCCUGGAUGUCUCCCCAGCAGUCAUCAGCAACAACAAAAAAGAGCAGACUUCGCGAGGGAAGGCCCUCAUCAGGUUGGCCCGUGUGGAUGUAGCUAGAACCGUUGUGGACAAUGCUGAGAAAUGGGGAGUGAAAAUAGUCCACAUAGACAGUGCUCUUAAAUGGAUCCUUAAGGAGAAAGAGAAGGCUUUAGCAGUCAAGGGACAUGCUUUCGCCUCCCAAAAUGUUAAGCCGAAGAAAAACACGCAGAAGAAAGGAAAGCUGCUGAAGGCCCCUGUGGUGAAGUUUGAGUCAGACACACAGGCUUAUCGGCCACACUACCUGGAACUGGAAUCUUGGCCCCAUGUCAGUGUAGACACGCUCCCAGGGACAUGCCCAUUUGACGGGGUGGUGAUGAAGAGCGGAGGUCGGCGGGCAGGAGCACAGGGAGAUAGGCUAGGACAGCCUGAUCCUGAGGGUCAGCCAUCUCCCUGCGGGGAGAAUAGAGGCAAGGAGACGCCCAAACCACCCACAACUGGUCAGAAGGCCGGGUCAGGGAAGUCAGACAGUGUUGGGUUUGGGCAUCUGGUCACCGGUGGACAGAUGAAGAGGAUAAAAGAGAAGAGGAAAAGGACAGACAAGAAGAGGGGAUACUGUGAGUGCUGUAAAAUCAAGUAUGAAGACCUGCAGAAGCACAUUCGUGGAGAUGAUCACAGAAAGUAUGUUCGUGAAGAAAAGGCCAACUACAAGGACUUAGAUGUGCUUAUUCGUAAGGGACAAACAGCAGAGGAGUUCCUACAGUCUGUUGUCAAUGAGCAAGCGUUAACAUCACCUGUCACACAGUCACAAAUAAGUGUUGACAGCAGUGAGGAUGUAGUAGUCCUCCUCUCUCCUGUACGCACGAAGGAAACGGCAAGGAAACCUUGCACACCAUGCAGGAGGGGGAAACCAUGCACGCCAAGUAGGAGGGAGAGACCACGCACGCCAAGCAGGAGGGGGAAACACAAUGCUUCACAAGAUGUGAAACCAGUGGCCAAGAAAACUCUGAACAAGUCCCCAAACAGCAAGAUUGGGGCAAAAAAAGCAACAUCUCCAAGUGGUAAGGUUGAAUGUAGGCUGGAAAUGAAAGGCAGUCCUAGGGCAGAAAAGCUGUGUCAGGUAACCCGGAAUGAAGGAAGUACCCCGGAGGCUUUGCUCAAACCAUGCUCAGUUUCGUGUGAGGUUCUACAACUUUCUCCAUCCAAGAGCAAACAAGGAGCAUUCGUUGUCAAGGAUGUUAAAAGCAAUUCAGAAAUCACAGUUACAGUCGCAGAUGUAGGAGCAAGUGCUAUUACUACAGAGAAGACGUCACUGCAGAGCUCUGAAAGCAGUAAGGAAAAUCAUAGGAGUAGUCCUCGUAAACGUGAACAGAAAUCUGGUGAUGUAAGAAACAAGUGUGUGCAGUCACUCAAUGACACUGCCCAAAUCCCGGCAAAGUCAUGCAGUUCAUCGAGCAAAAGAAUGCGACGUUUGUCACUCAGUAAAAGUUCUCGUAUUGAAAAUGUACCCGUGUUAACAGAGGUCAAAACUGUGGAGAAAAUCACAAAUGUUAUUCAAGUGCCAAAUGGCAGUGGUUCUCCAAAGAAAACCAGUAAUGUUCCAUUGACUAUGCAGUGCUGCACCGUGACUUGUCUGUCCCCUCCUAGCAACUUGACAGCUCAAAGUAUAUCUACAGUGACUCGGGAGAGAAAGAAAGCACGAAUAGUGAGCUCAAAGCCGAUACGCAAGUGUACAGGUAAGGGUUCAAAGAAGAAAUGGCGAAUAUUUCAGUCCAUGCGUCAUUUUAAGCUUCCGCAGAAAUGGCGAAUGCUGUCUGACCGCAGUGUGAGUAAGAUACUAAGCAGUGAUGAAAACAGUGAGAAGUUUGAAGGCUUCACGGAGGCUGAUCUUUGCUUACCCUCUGAGCCUCCGUCAGAUUUAUCCUACGUGGAAGUGUCGCAGAUUGCGCUUGAAGAGGGCUCAGACAUAGAAUGGGAGAUAACUCUGCCAUAUUGGAAUUCCUCGGCGUACGAAGCUUUGCCUAGUCAGCUAGUGACAAAGUCCGGUGUUGGUGAGAAUACAGCUCAGAAUAAUUGCACAAAUGCAAGAAAGACGCCGGGAAAAGGGAAGUCAGUUGGUCAGAAAGGAAAGAAAACACAUUUUCGGUUUUCACCUCCUGUUGAUCGUUCUGGGUUGGGUUAUGACCCAGGAGAUGAUUUUAAAUGCAGUCCAGACAUCACUGAUAAACAGCCGAGUUUUGUUUUUUCAAGUCCUAUUAUCCACAAAUGUGGUGAUUCCCAGGAAAAACACAAAAAUCUAAAUGAAAUUUCUGCGAUUGGCAAUGUAUGCAAGGAAAGCAUUUUGUCUAGUGCACAGUUUGAUAAUGAGGUGAAGAAAGAUGACUUUAUAGAGAACCUCAGGAGGCAGGAUAUCAGUUCACCAUUUAUUUUCUCUAAUCCUCUACAAGAACAGCUGGUAACCCCAAUUAAAACCCCAUGUAGAUUAUCGCGAUUUGCAGACAAUGGUACCAAUGUGCAAGCUGAUGAUGAAAUCGAGUUUAAUUUUUCAAGUCCACAGAGACUGAAGACUGCUUUCAGUCCUCUGAAAUCCACAGAUUUUUGUGACAACGAAAAUCCGCUUUCCCCUGUUCAACACUCAAGAAAAGGGAAGUCUAGAACUUCCAAGAGGUUGGAUUUAGCAGACACUCUAGAAGACCAUAGGCCAUCAACUGCUGUGCCUGAUUUUCAGCCGUUACCGAAUGAUGAAAUAUCUUCUGUGAAUAAAAGUAUUGAAAUGUGUGAGGAGAGUCUUGUCAACAAGGAAAAGGUUUCUCCUCAGCAAGUAAGUCCAGUCAAGUGUAACAAGGCUUCUAAUAUAAGUCGCCGAAUGGCUGCAAACCUAGCACGACAUUCCCCAAGAGAUUGGUCAAAAUAUUGUGAUGAUGCAGACACUGUUAGAAGUAACAACACCAACCCGGUCACCCCUGUGAAGCCUGUAACAAAAGGUAAAGUUACCUGUGUUCUAGAAGAACAAAGUAUGACAUCAAGUAAAUAUGGUGAACCAUACCUGGCUGACUCCCAUUCUGGCCUUCAGGUAGAGCAGGUGGGGACAUGGCAAAGACCCAAUAACAAGCUUACCCUGUCAGGUCACAAAGGUCAUAGGUCAUCUGGGGUCAGGCCCAAAAGUCAGCCAAUCUUGGUGCACCAAGUGAAGCGGAAUGGUGGGGGUUUGGAAUUCUCUCGUGCUGCAGACAGCGAUUCCAAGGAUAACCAACCUCAGAAGAAACUGUUGAAGAAGGACAGCGAACUUAGUGAAGAGAAAAAAGCUCUGCGCCUUUAUCGUUUUGACUAUAUUACCACGGCUAAUAGAAAUCCAAAGAAUUUUACCACUGCUAAAAGAGUGCGAAAAUCCUCCGCACAGCGGUCCUUAAGUGUGCCCAGUAGAGACGUGUCAGGCAUGUCGGCGUCAAAGCGCUCUAUUUCUCCUGGGUUAUCCGAAGUUUCGAAACGUCAGAGGAGAGCCAGUGAGAAUUUAACCAAUGACACAUAUGACUUCGCUCAUUCCACAAUGUCGAAGUGGAAGUCAAAGUCUGGCAGGUUGAUCAAACCUGAAGACUACCAGAGACGACCACGAGAUGAGAUACUACACUACAGCAAGACUCACCUGAAGAAAAAGAAGAAACUGGCCGCAGCGAAACACAGCAACACUGGUGCUGGUGACACAGUUGGUGUUUCCUCAAAACUAAGGAGUUCCCCAAGGAAAAGGAAUUCUCCGAGGAAGGGGUAUUCCCCUAAAAAAAGGGAUUCCCUGUAUGACUUUGAUUCCUCAUGACCCCUGAUUAUUGUUAGCAGUACUUCAAUUGUAUUGAAGACAUAGUACCUGUGCUAAGAUUGGUGUUAAAUAUAAAUAUGUAUCAAUAUGGUACAUAUGCCUUGUAUAUUAUUGUUCACAUAAAUGUAUUCAUAUGUAUGUUAACUUCAAAGUUCAGUUUUAUGGUAAAUACCUGUAAAUAAAUGUAAAUAGUCCUCCAUUAAAUCACCUCCAUGCCCUCCCAAGCAACAGCUCCUUAAGUUACUGGUAUCAAAGAAAUAGCAUAUAUUGAAGUCACUCUCAAAAACGCAUAUAUAUGGCUUUCAUACUGACAUGUACAUGUUUAAUGCUCUAUAAUUAUAAUCACAAAAAUGAUUUAACAAAUAUCAAAAUUGAGGAAAGUGAUAGAAAAGGUGAAGUUUUUAAAGGACAUGCUAUGGCUUACAGGCAUUGGUAUGGUCCCUCAGGAAAUUUGUCUGCAUGCACAUUAGUUUUGUCAUAGUUUUCAUCUGUCAAGCAAUCAUGUUCUUGUGUUUAUGUCCAACUCAAGGCAAAUGUGUCAGUCUUGUUUUCAGGUUAGGGUUCUAGAGCAACACUCACCAAGAUCUGUGUUCAGAUAUUUAUCACUUGUUAUACUGACUUGGUAUGGGUAGGGGAACUUUCUUAAGGGCUUUACUUUCUCACUGCUAUCAAGUUGUUGGAAAGAUGUAGUCCUUCAGUCAGAUCCAUGUACAUGUGUAUGUAGUCAUGUGAUUGGUUAGAAGUACAUGUACAUGUAAUCCUCAAGGUGCAGACAAGGGAUUCCUCAGACUCCGUCGCUAUGAUUUGCUAUGAUUGGUCAUGUGAUUGGUUAGAAGUACAUGUACGUGUAAUCCUCAAGGUGCAGACAAGGGAUUCCUCAGACUCUGUCACUAUGAUUUGCUAUGAUUGGUCAUGUGAUUGGUUAGAAGUACAUGUACGUGUAAUCCUCAAGGUGCAGACAAGGGAUUCCUCAGACUCUGUCACUAUGAUUUGCUAUGAUUGAUCAUGUGAUUGGUUAGAAGUACAUGUACAUGUAAUCCUCAAGGUGCAGACAAGGGAUUCCUCAGACUAUGUCACUAUGAUUUGCUAUGAUUGGUCAUGUGAUUGGUUAGAAGUACAUGUACAUGUAAUCCUCAAGGUGCAGACAAGGGAUUCCUCAGACUCUGUCACUAUGAUUUGCUAUGAUUGGUCAUGUGAUUGGUUAGAAGCACAUGUACAUGUAAUCCUCAAGGUGCAGACAAGGGAUUCCUCAGACUCUGUCACUAUGAUUUGCUAUGAUUGGUCAUGUGAUUGAAGAGAACCAACUGGAAUCUGUUCACUGUUUUGUAAUGGGAAGAAAGUUUCUGUAUUACUUCUACUUUUUUUAUUCAAUAUUUUUGAAUUGUGUAUAUGACAGAAAGUGUGUGGUGACGUGUAUAAAAUACAGUAAUCUGCUGCUCUUUUUAUCAACGUUUCCGCUAACAAAUAUUGAAGUUUUAACGUUGUGAUUUGAAGUUUUUGACUGUACAAAUACAUUUUGUUUGUUCUCUAACAUCACUAGAUAUGCACUUAGUUUACAGAUGUAGAACAUGCAUGUGUGUUGAAAUGAUAUAUUCUCAGAAAAUGUGAAACAGUAAAUUUUAAACAUGGUACCCAGUGUUUGGAGCAAAGAAAAGAGGAGACAAUACUGAUAUACUGUAACCAGCAAUGCUUACUAAGAGACAUUUUGACAAGAUGCAGGUUAUAACGGGUUAUGCCUUGAUGAUGAUUUAAUCAAUUUUAAUUGGUUAUUGAGUGUGAGUGAAGGUAUGUACUGUAAUUCUUCAGUAUUCUUGUGAAGUUCAACCGAACUAAUCUAGUUCUGUCUCCAAAAUCAAAUUGAAAAGAUGCAUAAAUUGCACUGAAAGUUCCUCUUUCAAGUGCAAAAAAGUUUGAGAAGUGUUGAUAGAAACCAAAGUUAACAGUUGACAAAAGUUAUCUCCCCUGGAACUUAAGUCAUCUUGGAGACAGCUUUGUCAGAUUUUGAGAAGGGAUGUAUAGGAAGUGUACGAACAAGUUUGAUGCUUGAGUUUUUAUUAUUUAAACCAUAUCAUUUGCAUGAUGUUCAGGCCCAGAAUUAUAUUAUUACAAUUCGAUCUGAAUGCCGGAAAAGAGGUUUCGCUAGCUUCCUGAAGCCCUGGUUUUAACUUUUGACUGAGCUGCAUUUUGUGUUGUCAGAAGAAAAUCUGAGCAUUAUAUUUCUUUUUUUUUUAUGUUUUUAUCAGUAUUUAUUUUUCAUUGAAGGAAUAUCUACAAGAACGGAAAUGAAUAUAUGCAUUCUCUUUGUAUGUUCUGAUUUGCAUUCUUUUUUUUUUAAAUUGCAUCCAGCAGUUUUAUUUUCUUGUUCAUUAUAUUUUAAUAUUUCAUGUAGAUUUGAUACCACUGUGUUUUCAGUUAACUCUUUAAUGCUCAUUUGAAAAUUUAGUGGAAAUUUGUUAUACUAAAAGUUAGCACAGGUUGUUUGAACACUAAGAUACUGUAUACCACUAUUACAUAUUUUUGUAGGUGUGGUAUGUGAAGAUGCUUUCAUUUUGACUGUUAGAAAUCAUAAAGCUGUUGGACUUAUGUUUUAUGAAUAAACUAAAAACUUGGCUUCUGAAGGCACAUAAACAUUUUUGCCAAACUGGCUUUUGUGCAGUUUGCACAACUUGUUUAGUAAUUGUGCACAAAGGUAUCACUGAAUGACUUCACCUCGCAACUACUGCAUAUAACUUUGCAAGUACCUGGAUCUGUUUGGACAGAAUGCGACAGACAGACGAAACAACAUGUGUGGCACAUGCUACAUGUAGCUGUACUAUUGAUUGUCCUGUACAGUGACAUGCUAUAUGUGGCUGUACUAUUGAUUAUCGUGUAAAAUGAUGUGCUACAUGUAGCUGUUCUAUUGAUUAUCCUGUACAAUAACAUGUGCUACAUGUAGCUGUACUAUUGAUUAUCCUGUACAAUGACAUGUGCUACAUGUAGCUGUACUAUUGAUUAUCCCGUACAAUGACAUGUGCUACAAGUAGCUGUACUAUUGAUUAUCCUAUACAAUGACACAGUACUGGCCUGAGGUAUUAAAUGGCGAAUGCAGACUUCUGGUUCCAAGUACAUGAAAUGGAGCACCUUUUCCUUGGCAAUGGGGAUUCAGGUCCAAGCUGGAUUGACUUGUUUUCUUGCAAUACAUGUAUAUGUCUAAUAAGUAAGCUAUGUUCCCAUAAAAAGCCAUCACACAGGAAUGAAUUACAGCAUUGAGUGAACUGUAAUUGUGAAUGGAUGAGAUUACAUGUACUAGAAAUUUUUGGCCAAAAAAUCGACUUGCACAAAUUCAUUGAAUGUUGCUAUUCAAAAAUAGCCUAAAUAAGUACCUUUCACAAAUUAUCAGUCUUGUCUCUUCAUGCUUUGAUGUUGAAAUAAAGGGUAGCAUCAUAAUUUUUUCAAACUUUAAGAUCUUUUUAACUCUAGAAAUAGUACAGGUAUGAGUCUGAUAUUUACCAAAGCACAGCAGUUUUAUUGUUGAGAAAUACACCUGGAAAAACAUGGAAAUGUUGAAUAGAAUUUUCUCACCCUUGACCUGCAGUGAAACCGUUACAAGUACUCGACGCUCAGUUUCUGUUUCUAGAAACAAAAUUCCUUUCUGAGCUUCCUUCUGAAUAUGAGUAAAGUUCUCUGGAGUGAAGUCUCUUUGAACAUGCUGAAUUGGAGUUACCAUAUACAAAUCAUAACUACAAAUCUUCAUAAUGACCAAUCACAUCUCCAACAUACCAUUGAUUUUGAGUUCAGAUUUAUAUAAUAAAUCCUGGAAGGAUGUUCAUGUAGGCCCUACAGGGCAUUGUAGCAAAAACUUACGUUAGAUGUGUAUGUGUCCUCACAUACUGUGAGAUCGGGUUCAGCCCUAACAAAUUCUGUACCCAGCACAUGUGAUACACCCACUAAGCUUAAUAUCUUGUGAUGCAUCAAGAUGUAUUGGUUAUGAAUAUGUAAAUAUUCUGAAAAAUUUCUCCCAGGAAUAAACAAAAACAUUCAGGGGCGUAAGACAUAAACUGUGUGUAAACUAUAACAAAAUACUAUAACCCAAACUGUCAGAGAUUAAAGAAUUUGUCUUUAUUCACUUUUACAAAACUGCUUUUGGUAGAAUAUAAAAGGGAAUUUUAUCUGGUAUCUUCAGUGUACAGUGUCAUUUGUUUACUUAUUUACACAUGUGUAUGAACUUUUCUUGUAACCUUCAAUAUUCAGUAAGUAGGCUACUUUCACAACUUUAUAGUGUGUUGAUUUGUUCAGUUUUGUUAGCCCAUCUGCUGUACAGGUCAUUCAAAAUUCCACUCAGCUGUGUCAAAAUUUUCAAUUUUAAUACAGAAUAAAUCAUUUAUCAAGUUUAA